UUUUUUUUUUUUUGAAGUCAGAAAAUGCUGUGACAAUCCCUGAAACAGUGGAAAUGAGUCGAGUGCGCUUUUGGGGGAUCCUUUUGGCAUUUUUAGCCAUCAACGAAAACUUCUGCGAUGCUAUAAACUAUAUGCAAUGGAACUGCGACAAAACACCGGACACGAUUACUAAUUCUAUGAAAACCCCUGGAGACAACGGAUUCAAGAUUUACGUCACCGGGAAUCCGAGUGCUUAUAGUCCAGGGAAGGCUUACACAGUGAAUAUCGAAGGACAGAGGUACCAGUACGGGAGUCAGAAAUUCCUUGGGUUCAUGCUGGUGGCGCAGCCCGAGGGGUAUCACGCAGGUGGGAUCGUAGAUGUCGGACGAUUCGAGUUAACCGGCGAUGCCAUGACGACUUAUUCACGCAAAUGUCAAAAUGCUGUCACUCAUACCAACAUUGUUCCCAAGACGGAAGUUUCUGUCCGCUGGAAAGCCCCUUCGUCUGCCUCCGGUUGCGUCAUGUUCAAGUUGAGCUUCUUUUCGCGUUUCCUCGUCAAGAAGCGUCUUACAAAUCCUCAGGGGGCUAUGGUUAUCGAACGUCAAAACGUUUGGUACAUGGAUGAUGGAAGUCUGCAGUUGGAACUGUGUCCCGACGUUGCUGGAGCUGUCGAAUUGCCACCAGCUGUGCUCGACGAGUGCCAGGCUUGUGGGGAAGCCAAAUACGAGGUUUGGGAAGCUGGGGGUUAUGCUUCAGAAGGCCUCAAACAGGUUGCCCUGUAUGGAAUCACUCGGGGGCUCGAGGGCGAGCUCAAGAAACACAGUCGGCACAUCAGAACGAUCAUCAAAGCCAGAGGACUGUGGCAUCCGAAAGUGACCGGAAAAACGUACGCAGUUUUCAGAGUGGACCGGAAGCAUCACUUGAUGACGCUCGUUUCGAUGCUCGGUCCUUCGCCCGAUUGGUUAGUUGGUGUUUCCUCGUUGGAACUGUGUCAGAAAAAUGGUACUUGGGCCAGAGAGAAGGUCAUUGACUUGUAUCCCUACGAUGCUGGAGUCGAUGCUGGAAUUUCGUACGAGGAUAAUGACAGUCCCAAUCCAGAAGCUCAAAAGAUCAGGAAGAUCACUUCCAGUUGGCCCGACAACCCCAGGUCCCCAUUUUUCGACCACUCUGGGACCCCGAUGAAACCCCUGGCAAUCCUCACAGUGCGCCGACAAAAGGAGUACGAAAAGUCGGAUUGUGGCAGUCGAUCCGGGGGUUCGGGAGGCCGUUACAGUAAAGACAGACCACCGAAAAAUAGAUCCAAGGGAAAGAACAAGGGGAAACAGGGUGGUUUCAUAUCCGCCAGCGACCCAAUAAUGGUGCUCGGAAAUGCCGACAGUUCAGGCACUCACAUGUAUGAUAAUGAGCGCAGUGGAGCCUUUCAUCCGGCGGAUCCUGUUAUUGAUGAUGGCAUGCAUUUCGUGGAGACUCCUGACAAUUCAGGCGAUGCUUUGAGACCCGAGUGUGCGACGACGCUAUGGAGCACUUAUUCGCAAUGUUCCGUGACUUGCGGCGAUGGACUCAGAAGACGUUCGAGAAUGUACCAGAACCCAACUAAAGCACAAAGAUCCGAGUGCAAUCGACAACUGGAAGAGACCGAGAUGUGUAGAGGCGUUUAUCCUGCUUGCAAUUCAAUCGGCCAGCCGAUCUACCCAGCUUCCUUCGACGAUCCGAUGGCGGAACGCCUGGGCAGCCCAAACGGCAGGGAUUACGACGAUGACGACGAUGACGAGAAUCGGCCUGAUGACGGGUUUGACGGUGCUGACAAGGACUACAACAAGAGGUGUGCCACGACUGCCUGGUCCAAUUGGUCACCCUGCUCAGUGACCUGUGGGCACGGGGGAGUGCGAACCCGCACCCGCAGCUACCAUUACCCCAGGGGAAUCAAGGUCUGCAAAGAAGUGGUCAAAGAGGAAAUGGAAUGCGAUGGACCCGUGCCGGAAUGUCCUGAUGAUGGAUCUGCUGAUCACCUGUCCAGACCGGAAUGCGCAGUUACACCGUGGAGCUACUGGUCACCAUGCAGUGUCAGCUGUGGCAAGGGUGUCAGUGUUCGAACAAGAAUGUACGUGGAUGAAAUACUUGGCACACGAUCUUGCAAUGUGCAGCUUCUCGAAACUGCUGACUGCAACGGAACAUCGCCUCAGUGUUUCUUCACUGAGCAAACCGCUCUUGAAACGUGUCUGCUCGCACAAGCCAAGGGGCCUUGCAGAGGCACGUAUUCACGUUGGUUUUACGACGCCGAGACGAAAUCAUGCAUGGAAUUCAAUUAUGGAGGCUGCAAGGGCAAUGGGAACAACUUCCUCACUUACAACGAAUGCACGAAGAAGUGUCAAAUGACGUUAGCCGGGGCUGGUUCGCACAACGUAGGAAUUCAGUCUCAUCAGAAUCAGCACCAUCAGCAACCCAAUGCCGGCUUCUCUUCGAAAAAGCGCAUGCUGAUGCAACAAGCCAUGAUGAAGGAAAAGCACAUGGCGAUGCAAAAGCAAAACCGGAGGAACAACAACAACAACCACAACGACUUUGACCUCAAUGCUGGGGAAAACAACUUCUCUAAUCCGGAUUUGUCGUGGAUGGAUGACGUUGGCAACGAUGGCAACUACGUCACCGGCAUGAAAAUGAAUCCGGGCUCUGAGGAUGACCGAGCUGCUCCUCCGAAGUCACCCGGUCGGGAUUUGUAUAAAAUGCUCGGAGAAAUGUCGUACAAACAAGGCGGCGGACAUUUGUUCAAGAGCUCUAUGAUGUCUGGAGGACAGCAACAGAACACGAGAGGCAAUGGAAACUUCGAGUACUUGAAAUCUGAUGCUGUAACCACAACUUCACAAGAAGUCAAAAACGACAACAGCCAGAAUUAUGACGGUGCCAAACCCGGGGAUUGCGUCGUCGGACCUUGGAAUAGCUGGUCGACAUGCAGCACGACUUGCGGACGCGGCCUCAGAGAGCGCAAGCGCACUAUUCAGGUUCACCAGUGGGGCGACGGGAAGCCGUGUCCAUCACUCAGUGAAACUGAACAGUGCGAAUUGCCGCUGUGCCAUUACACGACCAUUAUCUCUGCAGAAAAUAUGUCAAGUACCAUAUACUCACUCACUGCUUCUGCCGACAGACCACCCCCGGACCUCAAGGACCUCGUCGACACACGCGACGUGCGGGGAAGGGUAUCGUCAGCGCUGGCGUGUGGUGACAGCCACGAAGCCAGGACUGGCUUGUGGACAUUCUGUGGAACACAGGCGGUGCACCCGGUUGCCAGCGCACCCGAGGAAAAUCUGAGUGACGAAGACGGCUGUCUGGUGGGGGCCUGGAGUUCCUGGAGCAGCUGUGACGCGACGUGCGGGGAAGGGUAUCGUCAGCGCUGGCGUGUGGUGACAGCCACGAAGCCAGGACUGGCUUGUGGACAUUCUGUGGAACACAGGCGGUGCACCCGGUUGCCAGCGUGUCCGAGACCCGGAGAUUUCCCCGAAGCUCAGCGAUACAACAUUGUUUGAAAGCAUGAACAAUCUUCUGAUGGUGCUUGUGAAUAUAAGAGCAUGCUUAUGUC